AACCCCAAGUUUUACAUGCCUGAGGAUCUGAAGGGAAAAAAAGAAAACCUACUCAACUCUGGGAGGUUUACUACAGUUUUAACAAAGAUGAGGCACUUACAAAGAGGGGAUGCAGCUUUGAGUAAGACCACAGGGUCUCCAACAAGCAAGUUGAUUGAAAAACAUCAAGGAGAGAGGACUCUUUUCAAGAAGUUCAGCAAAAUGAAUUGGCCAUUGGACAUUCGCCCUUUAAACAAAAGUUUAGUUGAUGACCUCAAAUGGAAGAAAACCGAUGCAAUCCAAGAGAAACGUAGGUCUUUUCUUCAGGAGUUUUGCAAGAGGUACAGUGGGGUGAGCCAUCCGCAAUCACAUCUUUUUCAUAUGGUAUCCAGAAUCUAUGUAGAAGAUAAGCACAAAAUCUUAUACUGUGAAGUCCCGAAGGCUGGCUGUUCCAACUGGAAAAGAAUCCUGAUGGUACUAAAUGGAUUGGCUUCCUCUGCACACAAUAUUUCCCAUGAUGCUGUUCACUAUGGGAAGCAUUUGAAAAAGCUAGAUAGCUUUGACUUAAAAGGGAUAUAUACUCGCUUAAAUACCUACACCAAAGCUGUGUUUGUUCGUGAUCCCAUGGAAAGAUUAGUGUCAGCAUUUAGAGACAAAUUUGAACACCCCAAUAGUUAUUAUCAUCCAAUAUUUGGAAAGGCAAUUAUAAAGAAAUAUCGACCAAAUGCCUGUGCAGAAGAAUUAAAUAAUGGCUCUGGAGUUAAAUUCAAAGAGUUCGUCCAUUAUUUGCUGGAUUCCCAUCGUCCAGUAGGAAUGGACAUUCACUGGGAAAAGGUCAACAAACUCUGUUACCCAUGUCUGAUCAACUAUGAUUUUAUAGGGAAGUUUGAAACCUUGGAAGAAGAUGCCAAUUACUUUUUACAGAUGAUUGGUGCUCCAAAAGAGCUAAAAUUUCCAAACUUUAAGGAUAGGCACUCUUCUGAUGAACGAACCAAUGCUCAAGUUGUGAGACAGUAUUUAAAGGAUCUGACUAGAACUGAAAGACAAUUAAUCUAUGACUUUUAUUACUUGGACUAUUUGAUGUUUAAUUAUACCACUCCCUUUUUGUAGUUUGCAUUCAUUUUCUAAAACCCCGUAUUUGCUUCCUGGUGACGGCUUCAAAUCAACCACUAUAAUUGUUCUAUAAUUCUCUGUAUGAGAGAAAUUUAACUAAGUGCAGUUGUUUUGAUUUAAUGAAGAUUUUUACCAAAUAGUAUGACACCAAUUGGUACAAAAUUAUAGAAAAUUCAUGUAACAGAGACAUGUAAACAACUUGACUUGCUCUAAAAUGUUUGGAAAAGAGCUGCUUUUGCAUUAUGGAUUAUAUUGUCAAAGCAAUAACCUAGCCAGCUGUCACAUUAGCUAAAACAGCCUCUUGCAAUGGUAGGAAAAGGAAUCUAAAAUAGCAUGAAUGUAUGCCUAUAUCCUGGAAUUCAUUCUCUAAAGUGCAUGAAUAUAUUUUCAGCAGUCCAUGGCAUAUUAGUCAAACCGUUGGGUAGUUUUCUUAUACCCUGCAAAUCUUUCUAUCAAUUGCAAUGAUAAACCUUUUUGAAAUGAGACUUUGGACGUAGGCAUUUUACUUUAAAUUGGAAGGCCUUAUGUGAUUUACAAUAUGAGAAGAUAGCAGGGAAAACAGAUGAGCCUAUGGCUUUUUAUAUUCCACAGUCAAUAAAGAAAUGCACAACAUGCUAAGAUCAAAGCAACAAAAGCAACCCUCCUCCUUCAGAAACACUAAAGUGAAUUGAUUUUGGAGGGGCAGGGGUAUUUAUUUAUUUUUUAAUCUUAAGACAAAAUGAGCAGAACUACUAAAGGUCUUCAUUUCUGAAGCAGGCAGUUAAGAAGUUUAAGCCUCAUCAGAUAUAAAUGUGCUCCUAAUUCUGGUGUAAUUGGGCAGGGGGAAAAAUUGUUUCAGGAUGGAAUAAUCAUCAAAAACAAAAGCUGCCAUUCUGAAUAUAGACCUCAAACAAUAACAAAGUUUUAUAAGAAUAUUAUUUGAAUCAAAGCAUCAUGUGCAUAGCUUUAUAUGUGAAACACAUUCUAAGAAUAGCUUUUGUUUUCAGUCUAAUUAUUUAGCUUGGGAAUGACUUUUUAAAGACUAAUAUACCACUUCAAAGAUCAGUUAUGUUCUAGAGAAUAAAAUAUAACAAGAGCCCCUAGAAAUGUUUUUAAUAGGCUUAUGCAUAAGCAAAUUAAGGUAUUUUCUUUUAAAGUUUAAAUAUUCUAUAUAACAAAGUCAAAUACCACUGCAUUGAAAUAUUAAAUCAAAGUCUUUGGGAAAAUAAGACCAUGUGUCACUUCUAUGAAAAGUUGUAAUCCAUUUUGGAAAUUUUUUCCAAAAGACUCUAAAUUGGAAGAUACAUUUGGAUUAGAAAUGUAUUUUAAUUGGUUGACUAUUACAAUGUUAAGCAAACCACAUGUCAUUCAAACCUUGACUAAAUGAUUUUCUUGAACAUGUUCCUCUUCCUGAGCUAUUGGUUUUUUUCUUAUCAGUACAUACUCAGUAAUGUCUCUCAAAGAAAAGUAGGUAUUAAUAUUUGACUAUUAAUAGACCAAGAUAGUCACAGCCAUACUGAUUUCAUUUUGAUUUUCCAUUUCAUGGCUGAGUAUUCAUGAAUUGAAUUUUUCUGUACACACACCUUCCCUGUCCCAUCCGCAUCUUCUAAGGAGUAAACUGCAACCGGCAGAAAGAGCGUAAAUAUUAAACAUGCUAAACCAAUCUUUUACUACGUUUCCACUCCAUUUCCUCUUGCCU